CCAUGAGCCGGGCUGGGACUGGCGGCCGAGGAUUAAAAGGACCUAAAGAGCCGGUAGCAUGCGCGGCAAGCGCGGCAUGCGCGUCGCCCUCGCCGGAGCCUUCGCCGUGUUCGUUUUGGCGGGAAAGGUGAGAGGCAAUGCCAUCCGAACCGUGUCAGAUAUGGGGCUGCUCCACCGAGCCAAGACGGUGAAACCUGUCCAGGUCACUUCGAAAACGUGCGACAAUGGCUUCUCCUGCCAGCCGCCCAAGGACUGCUGCCCGCAAGGGUGCUGCUACCCGCUGGGGGUGCACACCCCCUACCUGCCGUCCGGCCACGGCACCUACGGCCCGAGCUCCAGCCUGGGCGCCACCAACGUGCUGUCCGCCGUCUUCUGGAACCACUGGUUCUUCUGGAGCCUGCUGGCGCUGCUGCUGCUGUCCUGCUCCGGGGGCUGCUCGCUGUGGCGCCGGCGCCACGAGCUGGACCUGCUGGGCUGCCAGGGCUGCGGCUCGGCCGAGGACCCCGACGAGCAGUCGGACCGCGACUCCACCGCCAGCUGCUACCCGCCGCCGCAGUACUCGCGCUGCAACUCGUUCUCGCAACCGCCGCCCUACAGCGAGGUGACGUCGAAGCCUGACCUGUACCCGCUGGUCAUCAGCUACAACGACAACUCGGCCAAGGGCGGCAGCUACCUCAUGGUGCAGUACUUGCGGCACUACUUCCUGCGACCCGCUGGCGGGUCCCUCUCGCACACCAGCACCACCGACUCCAUCAGCUCCAGCUUCGCCCGUGCUGCAGCCAAUGCCGAGGCGCUGAACGCCGCGCCCCCGCAGUACGUGACGGUGGCCAACGGCGGCCAGGUUGUGCCGCCGCCGCCGCCCCUGCCGCCCUUCGGGUUCGGAGGCGCGCCGCCCCCAGCGCUGCCGCCGCCGCCAGCAGCCAGCACGCGCAGGGCCUUGCCCAGCUCGGCCUCCAUGCCGUCCGUCUGCAGCCUCCCCUCCAGCAGGCUGAGUUCCAGGAGCGGCUCCAGGACGGGCUCCAGGACGGGCUCCAGGACGGGCUCCAGGAGUCAGACCCAGAGCUACUCCGUGGCGCAGUCCAUGGCGGUGGGCGAGUGGUCCAACUCGGGCUCCAUGUCCGUGAACGUGCAGCCCGUGCGGCAGGCCAUGCCCGCCCGGCCCGCGUCGCUGCCCCAGGCGCACCCCGGCAACAGCAGCGGCCACCAGGGAUGCUCGGGCACCGUCUCGGAGGUGAGCUCGCUGCUCGGCGAGGUGUCGCCGUCCUCGCCGCCGCGCGCGCUGUCGCCGUCGGCGCCCGCGGAGCUGCGCCUGCUGCUGGAGCAGAUUGACUCGCUGACGGGGAGGGGCGCGGCCCAGCACGCCGCGGCGCACAGCCCUGGCGCGUCCGCGGGGCCGGGGCCGGGGCAGGGCGUCCGCGCGGGCCUGGGGCUGGGCCUGGGGCUGGGGUCGAGGGCGCGCCGCGGCUGGGUGGCGUGCAGGACCUCCCGGUCCGCGCCGUGCACGCCGAUGACGAUGACGACGCCGCAGCCGUCCGUGUUCCAGCCCUUCCAGCCCUUCCAGCCGGCCGCGGCGCUAGUGUCGCCGCAGCGCGACGACGACCCCCCCUCGCCGGCGCCGUCGGACCCGCCCCGGAGAACCCUGUCCACGUCGUCCAGGAUGUCCGCCACGUCGGCGUCGUCCUCGCGCCGCCACCACCGCGACCACAGUGUGCACGACGCGCUGCUGCUGCUGCAGGACGAGCAACAGGAGCACAGCGACGCCGCGCCCUGA